AUGCCCAGCGCCGUCUGCUGUCCAAGGGCAGGCUGGGGGCUUCCAGGGGCCCAGGCCAAAUCCCCAACUGCCCUCAACACAGCGGGCUGGGCCCGAGGGCCCAUCCAGUCUUCUGGAACGUCAAUUGCACUUCGGCCUCCUCACUCCAGCGAGAGGGAGCCGCUGGAUUCCCAUUCUCUGUCCCAGAGCUGGGGUUCCUGGUGGGGGGAGGUCAGCCCUGAAGAGCUCCUGGGGAAACAGGGGCAGGAACACAGAAGCGGGAAAUGUUGCUAUAGGCACCUUUGCUCUGUGGUUGCCUCUCACUGGGACAGGUUGCCUCUCACUUUAACACUGAAGACAUGGGAGGCUAAGGCAGCCUUACUGUAG